CCGAGGGGGCGGUGCGGGGCGCGGAGCAUCGCGGAGCGGAGCGGGGCUGGGAGCGGAGCCGAUGGCGUUCAGCGCCUGGCAGAUCCUCUCGCCCGUGCAGUGGGCACGGUGGACCUGGUCUGCGGUGCGGGGAGGGGGCGGCCCCGAGCGGGGGGAGCACGAGGAGGACCCGCCGGCGGAGGGCACGGCGCUCGGCUUCAGCUCGGACUCCGAAGGUAAUUUUGAGACCCCUGAAGCAGAAACGCCGACCUGCUCGCCACUAAAGGAGUUCUGCGAGCCACCACCGCAUCCUGAGGCCGGGACCCAAGAGCCUGGUGGCCAUGGUGACCUGUUGGUAGGGGAAGCCGGCCGGGACAGCUCGCCUGGGAAGCACCCCGAAAAUGAGGCUCAGCCGGACAUCGGAGCCUCUGGAGCCAAUUCGGAUACUAAAGGGGACAUCAUCCCCGAAGACUCAUCCCUGACGCAGCCUCCAGCUGCCCUGGGAAGCGGGGCUGGCGCUGGCGACGCCGCCGUGCCCGCUGCAGAGCCAGCCCCGGUGCCUGAUGCGGGCAGAGCUGCCCCGGAGCAGGUCAUGUCGAGGGAGGACACGGCGGAUGCUGGGAUAGGGCUGCUGGAAACGAAGGCUGAUGCUGCACCCUGGGAGCGCUCACCCAGCCGGGACCAGCUCGGGAAAGGGAAACCACCUCCGCUGGGGAGGGAAACAGAAGGAACCACAGAAGAGAUCCUGGUGCCCAAAGCAUCCUACGGGUUCGACCCUGAGCACUAUAAUGAGAGUGUAAACCCCUUUGUGUCAGGGGGCUGCCGGCUGCAGAGCUCCCCGCCAGCAUCCCCACGCCGUGUCCUGCAUCCCGGCAGCAGCCCCGAUGAGCUGCAGGGGGACCCCGCAGAGCCCAGAGCACAGGUUCCGAAACCCGAGGUCGAUUUUACGGAGCGGGGAGAGAGCACGGAGGCCAGGAGAGCUGCGCCCAGGAAGGGCAGCAGGAUCCCGGCUAGCAAGCUGACCCCGAAGCGGCAGCGGGAGUCCCCCAAGAAGACAGGUCAGGAUGCAGAGAGGGGUCCCUUGGAGCCGCCCCGGGGCUCCCCACGGCUGGGUCGUGCGCUCUGGGACAGCCCAGGGCUCAACGCCUUCAGUGGCAAUUCGGCGCUGCAAAACUCGCCAACGCUCCCGAAGGGCUCUUACCAGUUCGACCCUGACAACUUGGACUCCGUGGAUCCCUUUAAGCCCACCAAGACCCUCGCCAGCACCGCUGGCAACUCCUGCCCCACCGCUGAUAACAGCCUGAAUGAAAUCCUCGAGUCUCAGACGCUGGAGGUGCAGGAGGAUCUCGUGAAAGGCAGAGACUCCCCGAAGAAGCCCAAGUCACGCUUGAUAACGACUACUGAGCAAGUGAAAUUUCUCUGUUUUCUGUUGAGCGGCUGCAAGGUGAAGCAAUACGAGACACAGGCCCUGGUCCUGGAUGCUUGCGCUCAGGAUGAAGGACCGUUGAUCUCAGAAAUCCCAGCUAUUGCCAGUCGGGAUGGACACGCCACCGACGAGGAGAAGCUGGCCUCCACCACCUCUGUGCAGAAACCUCCUGGGCUGGAGAAGAAAGGCGAACCAGAAGAUGACCUGGAGUACUUUGAGUGCUCGAAUGCUCCUGUGCCGGCGGCGAAGCAUGCUGUGGAGGCAGGCUUUGAAAAGGACAUCUCCAAGCAGUUGGAAAAGGAUGGGCCUGGCAUCUUCCCCGACAAUCCUGGGCUGUGCUCCUUGGAUAAGUCCCCCGUGGCCAUCACCAGCGGGAGCAGGAGCGAGAGUCCCCUGGACGGUAUCUGCCUCAGUGAAUCCGAGAAGACGGCUGUGCUUACGCUCAUCAGGGAGGAGAUAAUCACAAAGGAGAUCGAAGCGAAUGAGUGGAAGAGGAAAUACGAAGAGAGCCGCCAGGAAGUCUUAGAGAUGAGGAAAAUCGUGGCUGAGUACGAGAAGACCAUCGCCCAGAUGAUCGAGGAUGAGCAGAGGACAAACAUGACGUCUCAGAAGAACCUGCAGCAGCUCACGAUGGAGAAGGACCAGGCUCUGGCAGACCUCAACUCCGUGGAGAGAUCCCUGUCGGAUCUCUUCAGGAGAUAUGAAAACCUGAAGGGUGUCCUAGAAGGCUUCAAGAAGAAUGAAGAAGCUCUGAAGAAGUGCGCUCAAGAUUAUUUAGCUCGGGUCAAGCAAGAAGAGCAGCGGUAUCAGGCCCUGAAAGUCCAUGCAGAAGAAAAAUUAGACAAAGCCAACGAGGAGAUCGCCCAGGUGCGCACUAAGGCCAAGGCGGAGAGCGCAGCGCUGCACGCCGGGCUGCGCAAGGAGCAGAUGAAGGUGGAGUCCCUGGAGAGAGCCCUCCAGCAGAAGAACCAGGAGAUUGAGGAGCUAACCAAGAUCUGUGACGAGCUGAUAGCGAAGCUGGGAAAGACGGACUGAGCCUCGCCGCCCCUCGCCCAGCGCUCUGCACUUGGCCGCUUUUCUCGUAACGUCGAGCACCUUGCCUUAUUCCCAGGAAACCCUCUCGGCAGGGAAGCACACGUGCCCAGCCGCAUCUCCGCUUGGCUGCCAGCCCCCGGCCCCAUGCAGAGACGAUCCCCACGCUGCUCCUGUCCCGUUUUCCCAAGGGCUUUGGGGCUGGGUUCCCCAGGAUCUGACUGGGCGUGCGUGUCCCUCUGGGCAUCAGCAGCGCCGUCCGGCUGCACGGAUGCCACCUCUCAGCUGGGAGGUGACACCCCGGGCUCUGUCCCCCUCGGCCGAGACGGGUCUGGUCGUGUCCCUGUGUGCUCUCUCGCUGUCCUCACAUGCUCAAUCACAGCUUCUGCCCCGGGAUGUGGGUGAUGCACAGCAGAAGGGGACUUUGGCAUGCGGGUGCUCUGCUGGGGAGGCAGCGAAGGGGCUGGGGGACCCCGGGCACCCCCCAUAGGCAGUUUGGGGCCACCAGCGUGGAUCCGUUGGCUGAAGCAGCCUCCCGGUCGAUUGGUGGGGUUUGAGGAGGCGGUGGUAUUCAGGGGCUGGUCCCGCUCUCGGGUACGUGGGUGAGACAUGGCACAGUGCAUCCUCGUCCCUGACUGCACCAGCCUCGGGGUGGGAAGCUGACGUCUCUGCAUUUGUGCACUUUAUUAGCAUUUGUGAGCAGUUGGGCUCUCUGCACACUUCUUCCCAUCAGCACAGUCCCGCUACACAUCUCGUUUCCCCCCAGGAGCACAGAUAGAGUCACUUUAGUGGUAUAACUUCGGUCCCCUCAGAGGAGAGCUUGGUCAAGGGAGCACAGGAGGCUUCUGCACCGAGAGGUGUUUGAGAAACAGGGAAGGUGUUGGUUCUGGAGAGCCGGGACUUGUCCAUCCAUCCAUCCAUCCAUCCCCGUGGCCGCCCCAUGCACAGCCCUGGCACCUCCUGUGGCUUCAUAACGUGGGGUUUCUGGUCAGCUUUAAAGCCCACACAGCCAAGCCCUUUGCUAUUGUCUCCCCGUGCUGCGGCGAGGUUAGCUCCCCUCUUUGGAUGCUGCAGGAGGAAGGAAGCAAACCCUGACCUGCCUUGUGGUUCUGCUGACUUAGGGCUCUUUUCCCAGCCGGUACAGAAAGGCAGGAGGGUGCAACAUUGACCUGGGCCUUAUGCUGCUGUCAAAAACGCCUUUGCAGCACUGAGUGUUAAGAGAAGCAAACGAAAGCCUUUACAGGCAAAGGCAGAUACAGACAGCAGUAAAAUACACUUUGAAAUCUGUCUGGAUGCAGCCCAAACUCUGAGUCCCCAUGCGGGCGGGCUGCCUGCUCUGUGUCAGAGGAGUUUGCUUUCCAGCAGCGUUGCUGGGGUUGCCUUUGCCCUGUGCAGGUAACUGCGCAGCUCUGCGGUGAUGCGCUGUGUUUGAAUCCAUGUGUGGGACCCAUCCCACCCUGCACGAGGCAGAUCGAUGGGAUCGGGCAGGAGUUGCAGCGGUGGAGAAUUCUUUACUGUCACCUUGAGCACGUAGUCGUGAAGCAUCACAUAAGGGAAAUAUUCGCUCUUUAGGCUGUUUCCUACCCAGCCUAUCUAUAAGACCUUCGCAAACCUUUUUUGCUGCUGCCUUUUUGUAAAAGAAUUGAGUUGUUUUCCUUCUGUUUUCUAAUUCCCUGUGUUGAGUGUGCAGUGCCAACAUCGGUUUAAGUCAGAGCCAUACACUUGGUAUCUAUUUUAUUAGUUAUAUUAUGUAUAGAGAGAAUUUAUUAUACACUUAAGCAAAGAUGCCGCCAGCCUGUCUGAGCACGCAGAGUCCAGCCCUGUUCCCUGUGCUCCCAGUUAGGCCAGUGGAUGCGCUGGGAGCCGUGCGGUGGGGAAGCCAAGGGCUGACACCGCUCAGAGCUGUGCGCUUGUGGCUGUGUGCUGAAUAUUCACCCCUUUGCACAGCUGACAAAGGGAAACCCCCUUUGUUUCUUUUAUUUUUUUCCCCUUUGUCCUCCCUGCGCAUCCCUCUGUGGGCUGGUAGAGAAACCUCCGUCAGAUGAGUUAUAAAGACAGUUUUAGUGUGGGGAGUCACAAUGCCAGCCCCAUCCCGCAACGCGACUGCCCUCCUCUCGUCAGCAGUUGGGGUUUGAGGGGUGCAGCACUGCUCUCUCGUGUCCCCCCCUCGACGCGGCUUUCCUGCCUGGCUGCAAGUGGCCCUUCCCUGGCUGUGGUCACUUCGCCUCUGCCCGGGGUGGUGGCAGCAGGGAGGGAUGUGCUGCCCCUUCAGACCUUCUAUAGGGCUGUACAGGUGAAUUAAAGCCCUUGAGACCCAGGGGUUUCUUAGGGAGUUGUGUUUCUCUCUUUGCGACUAUUGGGAAGUCGAAGGGGGUUCAGAAUUCAAAGAGCAGCUUUGCAGAAGCUCUCAGAGCUCCUAAGCAGUUGAUUUGGGGCCAGUUUGUGGUUUGGGAUGUGUCAUACGUCGUUGCUGUCACGCUUGUAGCAGCGGUCGAGGUGCCAGCACGGGGCUGAUGGAGCCAAAGCGUAGGAGUUCACAGCACGCUGCACGGCACUGGCUUGGCACAAAGUAUGUGCCAGUGAUGGUUUGCUUCCCACUCCGCCUGAAGGAAUGCCGUUGCUGUGUUUGCUGUGCCCGGCUGGGGCCAGGUUUGCUCACCCUGGGGCAGCUCUGAGGAGCAGAGCACCAGGCUUGGGGCACCAGGGAGCCGUACUAAGCGUGUUUGAGCUCGGUCUCUCCUCAGGGGUGUCAUUCUGGCUGCAGAGGUGGGAGAUAAUUGCAGAAGUUUUGGGUUCAGCACUUCCCCAGGGCUCCAGCCCGCGUACGGCACAGCCAAUGCUGCCGUCUUUCCUCUUCAGCGGAGAGGAGCCAGCUGGGAGGCCGGGCUGGCUGCGGAGCGCAGCUCUCCUGGCAAUAACCCACCCCGGCACUUCCUCCCCAUCUCCGCUCGCUCUUGUCUCCUGGUCCCAUUUUGCUGCCUCUCUCCCCCCAGCGCCGUCGCGUUCCCAUGCCUGUCAGCAUGCACUUCCAGUCCGGGCAAAGAAGAUUCCUAAGGAAUGAUUUGUUAACUAUAAUAUGGUUAUAGUUACAUAUAUAUAAAUAUAUAUAUAAUGGUCAUAGUCCCAUACAAUAGAAGGCAUGCGUUUAUAACAGUCGAUGGGCAGGGCUGUUGGAUCUCGCGUGCCGCUCUCUGGCGUGUGAAGCCAAGGGCAUCCGAACACCGCCCUGUUCUUCCAGCCAAGCUGUGUCACCAGUGCAGGGAAACUCUGCAGCCACUGCUGCGUCGUCGGGAUCCCAGCCUGGUUGUGUUCGUUGUCUCUUUCUUGCCGUGGAGUUUCAGUGUCCCUUUCCGACAGCGGCGGGUGCUGCCCACGAGCCGCCAGCGUUGCCGUUUGCCGGUGUGCGUUCGCCAGCAGAUCCCUGUCCACAGUAAGUGCCAACUGGUGAAUAACCUGACCGCGAACCACUUCCCCCGUGCCCCCGCCCCAGAGGUAGGAACUUUCUCUGCGUUGACUACUACCCCCGUGUCUGUAACUGCCGUCGCCAUAGAUUUUAUAUGUCUGAUAAUUUCCCUUUUAUAUGUCAGGUAAAUAUUUGUAAGAGUUACACUCACACAAAUGAGAUUAUUAUAAGGAUUACUAAUAUAUUUUUUUUCCAUGUUUCAUUGCCUGAAUAAAAAUUGUGUAUAUCACUCUUGAACGCUUGCUGGGUGUUCGUGGGGUUGGUGCGUGGUGUUCGGGGAAGCUGGCUUUGUCUUCCAGGAAGGGCUGUGUUCUCCACAUUUCUAUUAACGUGGUUGAUGAUGCAGUUGGUUUUAAAUAAGUGUGGUUAUCAUCUGUUCCAGAAAUCUGUGUUCAUAGACUAUGGGAUUCAGACCUGAGCCAACCUGGAUGCCCCAUUGAGUCUUACCACACUGCAGUGAUGCUCCCGACAGUGGGCUCGGCCAGGAGGAAGCAGCGAGGGGACAUUGGGCAGUGGGAACUGGCGUAAUCCUCACUCUGACCCUGAUAACCUUUCCUAAUCUUGGGCAAAUCCUCCUGUAAGGAUGGAGAGUGCGCCCUGCCCAGCUGAGGGCUGGGAAGUAGGCAAGCGCAGGGGCGUCUCUGCUUGGCUCCCAGUCCCCUAUGGGUUUUCCAUCAUUCUCUUCCACUUCUCUUUUGGGUGGGGUGGAAAAUUUGGAGGCUUUUCCCCCAGCUUGGCUGCUGCAAACAGCAAGAAAGGGGUUAUUUAUUGUCUGGAUGGAGGAGAUGUGCUUGCACAACCUCUUUGAAAGCCACUCCAAGGGACCACGUCUGGGAUGGAGAGGGUUCCCAAAGCAGGCAGAGAGGGGGUGUGGAGCAGAGCCCAGCCCAGCAAGCCUGGGCAGGUCCAACCACCUCCACCAGCACUGGGCAGGACUGGCCCAUGCCCUUGGGGAGCCGCGUCCCGUCCUCCUCUGCUAAGAUGGCAUUAGCCGGGGGCUGCAGUAAGUGUGUUAUCCCCAGCCGGGUGAUCCAAUCACCCAAGCAGAUUAGCUGUAAGACCUUAAGACAAAACAGAGGCUACGCGCCCCGUGCUGCGCACUGCUGAAAAUGUCCACCCUGAAGACCCUCCUGGCCCUGGUCGUCGUCACAUCCCUGGCUGGAGAAAGUAAAGCACUGAAAUGCCACAAAUGCAUUGCAUCCAACGAGAACGACUGCAACAAGCAGGGCUCCCACAGCUGCCCCCAGUAUGCCGAUGCCUGCUCCACCAUCACCGCGCCCAACAGCGUCAUUAAGUCUUGCUCCUACAAAUCCUUCUGCGACCAGGCACGGCGUGGCAGUUCCAGCGGGGCCACCCUGCAAUGCUGCUUCAGUGAUGACUGCAACGGGCCACCGCGGGGACCCCGGAAUGGUGGGGGAGCCCGACUGCUGCACCCCCUGAGCCUGCUGGGCGCCGCGCUGGUGGGGAAGCUGCUGCUGAGCUGGCUCUGAGGAUCCCAGGAGAGUGGUGGCCAGCCCAGCGUAGCUGCUUGCUGCAAUAGCCUAGGGACGCGCGCAGGUCGGCGGCCGGCGGGUUUGCUCUGCUUAAAGUACAGGAGAGGCUCAUCUGCCAUCCGUCAAAUAAAACCACGCAGUUAAAACCA